AUUCUCCUAAACUUUGUUUUUUAUUUUGUCAGUACCUCGUGUGCAUCGCCCCAAAUGAGGUUCCGAAAAACAAAAAGACCAUAAAAUAAGCGUCGUGUUCGUCAGAAAAAAUAAACAACUUCAAGGCGACAAUUGAUAUUCACACAACAUAUUCUUGUCCCCUUUUCGAGAUGCGCAAAUUAGUUAAUGACCGAAUAAAUAAAACCAUCAAAUGUCGACUCUGUUUCGCAUAGGACUCCGCCAAGAGUAUAGACCACCUUUGAAAAGUUCCAUAUCGUCGUUCAAUUUCUCCGACGUUGUCUUAGGUCCUAGAUUACUAGAUUAUAUAAUUGGUUCAAAUGGCAAGCGGGAAGUUGUUAGUGCUCCUAUUGACCGCUGUGAUUUGUGUUCAUGUGUGUGAAAGUGCCAGAGGAGGAGGAAGGGGCAAAGUUGGAAGAGGGCGAGGAAGAUUGUACAAUUCCAGAAUGCCUGUUAUUAUACAACACAGAAAUCCCGCAUCAAAAAAUUAUUACGAAAAUAAAGAUGGAGCAAAAAUUGUCAAGGCUAGCCAUUUCGAACUGGAAUAUAUGUUAGGCAGGAAAAUAACUUUUUUCUGUAUGGCACAAGGUUACCCCAGACCAGAAAUAACUUGGUUCAAAGACGGAAUUGAACUGAUUUAUCACAAAUUUUUCCAGAUUCACGAAUGGCCAAUUGGAAAUGAUACAAUGAAAAGCAAAAUGGAAAUUGAUCCAACAACCCAAAAAGAUGCAGGAUAUUACGAGUGUCAGGCGAAUAAUAAGUACGCCAUCGAUUCACGUGGAUUCCGGACAGACUACGUCAUGAUUACAUACUAGUGACACAGUAUACUUAUAUACAGUAGUCCCACUUAGCCUCGGUUCAUUUGAUGUUGGUGUCCAGGAGUUUCAGUUUUUACAAUGUUGACGUAUUUGAAACUAAUGACAUUUCUCCCUACUACAAUCUCAACCAAGGCGUCUAAACACUGCUCAGCAUAACAACUUUUCAUAUAAACUGCUCAAAAAAUACAGUCGAUGAAAACCAUGUUGUGCACCUGAGAAAUAUGAUAAUUUUGCAUUUGUGUGAUAAUCAAGUAACCCAGAUCAUUUGGACAAUGAUGAACUAUGUUCCAACACCAGUUUCUAUCGAUGAGUUUGGAAAAUGUUCACUGAAAGUAGUUUCAGUAGGUUGGGUGAAACCCAUGAAAUUUGACAACUAUGGAAGGGUUGCGUGCCUGUCUUGAACUAGUCGUUUGCGCAGACCUGAGACUGCAACUCCUGGGUCUGCGUGUAGAAAAUUAAAACCAAAAAUCACUCGAAGUGGGAUUACUGUAUAUAAGUAUACUGUGCUAGUGAAGUAUCAGUAAGGAUUUAGGAAGAAAUUGACUCGCAGUUAAAGAGUGUGAAAACUUUAUAAUAGAGUUUUUUGUUUGUUCUGACUGAAUGAGAUUUGACAGAAAUGUUUCGUAAUCUUGUGAAGUGGAGAAGAUAUAUAAUAAAAGUAUUGUUUUUUAUGCAUAUCAUCAAUAAAUUAUCAGAUUGGU